AUGCUGCAUCGCUCCUUCAAGCCUAUGCAAGACACCGAGGACUCGGAGCCCAAUGCCCAUCUUCGUUAGUUCCAACAGUAAGUUCUUCUUUCACUGACCCCGCGUCUCUUGCCUCCCAACGUUCAUUCUCUCAAUAUAAUAAACGCCCCGGUAGGUUAUGCCGCCGAGCCGUGCAGUUUCUCACCCUUCACUAGCUCAAGGCGAUGUCAUCCAAAAAACAAAAGUAGGACCUGGAAGGUCCAAAAAAUCAAAGAAGGGCUCAAAACAACCCGCUCCUGAGACCGAAGGAUCGCAGGACGACAGUAUGAGUCAACUGCUGGGCGUCACUAUAGCGGCCAUCAAUACUACCAAAGACCUUGUGCCAAUCAAUCUUGCGAAAGGCAUUCUCGGAACAAUUGCAAACAUUCUGACUCUUGCGCAGUCAGUAAUCAAGAACAAGUCCGAUUUCCAGGUGAUAGCCGACAAGUGCGAGACUAUCAGAGAAAUUCUUGGAAGGGCGACCAAGGACGCUACCGAAGACGAUCUACGAGGACACUUGGGUCAUGCAUUAUCCCAGCUUAACAAAUCGGUAAACCGCAUCAACAGUGACGUAGCGUCAUCGAAGGAGCAAGGGUUUUGGAGGAGGCUCUUCACUGUCACGAUUGAUCGUGACAAGAUCACUGCAUGGGAAAAAGACUUGGAUCGUGUCCUCGGACUCUUCAAUUUUGAAGCAAUCACUGGCAUGGGGAUUGACAUGAAGCUUGUAAAGAAGGCUUUAGAACUCAUGGGCAAUGAUCCUAGUAUUAAUGCCCCAAAGAAUCGCCAGGUUGAGCCUCCACCACGACCUGCCAUGCUGUAUGGCCGCGACGAUCUUGUAGCAGAGUUGACGAACCUCGUCGUCAAUGAUGAGCAUUUGGCGUUGAUCGGUCCUGGGGGCAUGGGAAAGAGUUCUGUGGCUAAAGCCAUCAUCAACGAGCCACUCGUCAUGGAGAAAUUUGCCGAUCGGCGCUUCUUUGCGACAUAUGAUGGCCUGGAUCCUUUGACCAUAACAUUCGAAACCUUUAUGACUCGUUUCGCGAGAGCCCUUGGUAUAGAGAUCGCUGGCGCUGACCCCGUGCGCCAGAUAUCUACCUUUCUUCAUUCUGGCAGCGCCCUUGUUAUCCUCGAUAAUGCUGAAACCUUCGAAGAGGCCAGCACAUCGUCGGCGCUCGGAGACAUACCGCAAGCCAUCGCUGACAUGGCUAAUAUCCCUGGCGUCAUCCUGAUUCUCACAUCACGCAGUAGAAGGAAUGCGCCAAACGUGGAAUGGAUAACGAAGGAUAUUCCAGCCCUGGACUUGAGCUCUGCUCAAGCAGUGUUCUUUCAAAUUUAUUACCACGCCAGUCGUAGCGAAGCCGAAGAAGACAUAAAAGGCCUGCUCAAGGAAUUGGAUUUUCACCCCCUUUCCGUCAACAUACUUGCAAAUGCUGCACAACAAAAUGGCUGGUCUCCAGCCACACUGCUCAAGAGAUGGAAUGAUCGGCACAGCAAAGUGCUUGACGCUGGGAAGGGGAAGCUGCAAAGCCUGUCCAACACCAUGCAGCUGUCGCUCAGCUUGCCGUCGGUCCAGGAUCUCGGCGAAGAUGGUCUUCGUGUCUUAGCCAUCAUCGCAUUCUUGCCCCAGGGUCUAAACGAGAACCUGGCUGGUGAUUUGUUGCCAUCGCUUCCGCAAGUCAAUGCUAUAUGCGAUGUUCUAUGCAUGCAAUCCCUCGUUUAUCGUCAAGACAACUUCCUCAAGGUGCUCGCCCCCAUUCGGCAUUACGUGCGAGAUUCAUUGCAAGCACCUGACUCCACGUCUUUGCGAGAGAUACAUGCCUUCUACUAUCGCACUGUCGCCUCCUGUUCGAAAGAGCGUGAUCAGUAUGCUGAUAUCAUUAUCUCGGAUCAUGUAAACAUCGAGCAUGUAAUUGCCUUCGACCUUGCCGAUAUCCCGGAUGACGCAGAAGAGACCUAUAAGGCUUGCUGGCAAUUUUUGGAACGUUUGGAUUGGUAUCUGCCUCGCCCGACUACUCUUACCCCUGCUAUUUCCAAUAUCGUCGAAAACUCUUCCACGUGGACGCUAAAAGCAGACUGCUUGUUAACCCUCACACGGCUCUACGACACACUUUCUCAGCUCGUGGAAGCAUCACAGGCCUUUCAAGCUGCCGAGGCGCUCUACCUCACCGCUGGCGACCCCGAGAGGAUGGGAGAUUGUCUUAUAAAUCGUGCAGACAUGCUGAGAUGUCAAGGUCGCUUUAUUCAGUCCCAGAAUCUCUUAGAGGACCUUCAGCACUCCGACUCUUGGGAGUCUCUCAGCGAAAUAAAUAAAGCCCGAGCUUGGUUUUUCUUGGAUAUGGCCCGGAUGUACACAUUCACAGAAUCUGCCGAUGAAUUAUUUGUGAAAUCCGCGGAAGAUCGUAUCUUGGGCUUGGCAACCAAGAUUUGGCACUGGCGGGCCAAAUUUUAUCAUGGGGGUGACGUUGUCCAGGUGAAGACACACCUCAAAGACCUGUUCGUGCAGCAUGCAGGUACCGGAGAUGCCAGAACUCUCGAAGACCUACUUCAGGGCCUUGCAGACGUUGCAUAUUGCGAAGGCAGAUUGUCUGAAGCAAUGGAUAUCCUGCAGAAUAUCAUAGAGAUGGAUGGACAAUCUGCAGAAGGUGUCCUUUGGUCUACCGUGUGGAAGGCUCAUGUUGUGAGCAAGCAAGGGGAUUAUAACCUGGCGAGGGAGCUCAUCCGUAGAGCCUCAGAACCCUUCCAAUUCUUUGCGCUACGCAGUGCGCGCACGUUCCUCCAUCAAUCUUACGGCUCGGCAUGCAUCGAGCUCACUGCGGGCGAGUCCCACAGGGUCGAGGCUUAUUUUACUGCCACAAUCGAAGCCUGCGACAUGCAAAGCGAUCUGUUGCGUAAGGCAUUCAACAUUCGUGGACUGGGAGAGAUUGCAUUUGCGCAUAGUAACUUUGCACUAGCUACACAGCGCUUCGAAGAGACACGAUCUUUGUGCGCUGAGAUGGGAGUGCCUUCUCAGCAUUUGUACAGCUGCUUUCUGUUGGAUACUUUACCGGACAGAUUCGAAGGAUGGGUGUUAUUCCUGGAGGGUCUGUCGCCAUCUGUGAACGAUACUAUGUAGAUUGUAUACAUUAGCCGCCUGCGGUUGUAUUUCAUGAGUAGUUUCAUCAUCAUUGUAUUAUAUCCAUGACAAGGAAGUAAUAAUGA